UGUGUGUAUUCUAAAGGAAAAAAAGAGGGGACGCCGGGACGCAGAUGAUUGCUGAAUGCUGAGGCGAAGGCAAUAGCGACGAAGGCUCUGUGCGCGCGCUAUCGCAUCUGUAUUCAUCGUUCAUCUUCUUUACAGUUACUUGGCGCGGCGGCGGCGUUGACUAUGGCGACCAGCGGCGGCCACUCAGAUGAACUUGACGCCAUAUUCAAGCAGAAGCGGCUGCUCAGAACGCAGGUCCGAAAGACCCUCAAGGCCAUGGAUCCCUCCCUCAGAUCCCACCAAGAUAAUGAAAUUCAAAAUAUAAUUUUGGGGGCUCCGUGGUUCAAAUCAAGUCACAGAUUAUGCGCAUAUAUAAGCUGCAGUGCUUUGCGAGAAGUUGAUACAUCCAAGCUGUUGUCACACAUUUUGCAAGAUCCGGCCAAUGGUGGAAGAAAACUCUAUGUACCUCGGGUGGAGGAUAAGAAUAGUCACAUGCGAAUGCUUAAUAUCUCACGUAUGGAUGAUCUCAUUGCAAACUCUAUGGACAUUUUGGAACCAGAUCCCAUAGAUGCUGAGGGAAAUGAGCGUGAAGAUGUUAUGCAGGCUAAUGAACCAGUCGAUCUGUUCCUUUUACCUGGACUUGCAUUUGAUAAAUCUGGAAAACGUUUAGGCCGUGGCGGAGGAUACUAUGAUAACUUUCUGAAGAACUACCAAGAUCUUGCAAAGGCACGGAACUGGGAGCAACCCCUAUUUGUUGCCCUGUCAUACUCUGAGCAAAUAUUGGAUGAAGGAGUCAUACCAAUGACUUCAUCUGAUGUUCCGGUUGAUGCACUUGUGUCACCAGCUGGCGUGAUUCCCAUUAGUGCAGCUGCCUUGGAUAGAUGUUCCUGAAAUGAAGCUAUGACACUGGACUUCGAAAUUGAACCCAAACAACUUCAUUUUGGAUCUGCACUCUUCAAUAGAUCAAAGUUUCAUGGUCCCUUCCAGUUUAGGCGCUAGAGGAUCUGAAUCUGGAGCUGUCCGUGAAGGACUGAUGUAUUUGUUUUAUCGAGUGAUGAAGAGUGAGCAUCUCAGUUUUUGUUUUUGGUCGUUCACGGUAUGCUUUCCGUAAGAUUUGUAUUGAAUGAGACCAAUAACUUACCUUACUCAUAUGAAGCGCCCUUCGAUGAUAAGAAACGCUGCUUUCCGAGC